AUGGCCGCUAAACUCAUUCUCUUCGUCUACGCCACCGCCCUCGUGGCACAGUCCGUUUUGGGCAUCGGUUGUGGUUGCGGAUGUGGCGGUUGGGGCUAUGGUGGUCUGGGCUACGGUGGUCUGGGCUACGGUGGUCUGGGCUACGGUGGUCUGGGCUACGGUGGCCUGGGCUACGGUGGUCUGGGUUACAGUGGUUACGGCUUCGGGGGCUUCGGCGCUGGAUAUGGUGGUUUCUCCGGUGGCGGUCUCGUUGUGUCUUCUGCCUCGGCUGCUCCUACUGGCCUAGGUGUACGUUCCGAGAACAGGUACGAGGGUUCCGUCGGUGUCUGCGGUAACGUACCUUUCGUUGGUACCGCUGAGGUCGCUGGCGAGUUCCCCACCGGUGGUAUUGGUGAUAUCAACUACAGCUGCGGAGAUGAUGGCGUGGUCGCUAUCACCCGAGAGGAUGGAUUCGGCUAUGGUGCUGGCUAUGGUCUGGGCUACGGAGGCGGCUACGGUCUCGGCUAUGGAGGCUACGGCGGAUGCGGAUGUGGCUGCGGAUACUAA